GCUACAGUAGGGAAGUAAAAGCACUUCCUUCUUCUUACCACACUGGUUGCACAUAAAGCAGUCAGUUUGAUCGGGAAUCUGACAUUCGUGGCAAUGAGGAUCCGGACCCUCGUCGGGGCCUGUUUCAACUGACAUUUUGCUUUCUGACGUUUAACAGCGACGGCCAAUGUCACCGAGUUUAAUCUGCCACUAUGGCUGCGACGUAGCGCAACUUUUUGAUCCACGGUGGAUGAACGAAAGCGCUCUGAGGCGCCGCUAACUUUUACAGACUCGCAGGAGACGCCGAGGAGGAUAAAAAAAAAACAUGAAGAAACAGUUUAAUCGCAUGAAACAACUCGCCAACCAGACUGUUGGGAGGGCUGAGAAAACAGAGGUGCUGAGUGAUGACCUCCUAACGAUAGAGAGGCGGAUGGAGGUGGUGCGUUUGGUGUCGCACAACACACACAAGAAGCUGGUGUCCUGUCUGCAGGGACAACUGGGCACAGACACAGAGAAGAGACAUAAAAAGCUGCCCCUGACGACGCUGUCGCAGGCCAUGCAGGAGGGAGGUAGUCAGCUGGGAGAUGAGAGUCUGAUCGGCAAGAUGAUGGAUGUGUGUGGGGAGGCAGAGAGCAAGUUAGCGACUGAACUGAUGCAGCAUGAAGUCCAGAUUGAGAGAGAGAUCCUGGAUCCUCUCAACCAGCUGGCAGAGGUGGAGAUUCCCAAUAUACUAAAACAGAGGAAACAACUCGCCAAGCUGGUUCUGGACUAUGACUCGGCCAAGACGAGGUGGUACCAGGCAACAAAGUCCAACAACCAGGCCAUGGCAGCUAAGGCCGAUUCGCUCAAAGACGAGAUGGACGAGGCUCUCAACAAAGUAGAAAUAUGCAAGGACCAGCUCUCUGCAGACCUGUACAACUUUGCUUCCAAAGAGGGAGAUUAUGCACGCUAUUACGUCAUGUUAUUAGAGGCCCAGGCAGACUACCACAGGAAGUCUCUGGCAGCUCUGGAGGCCGCUAUACCAACGAUCCAAAUACAGCAAGACUCCUGGAUGGAGAAGCCGGCGUUCGGCACAGCUCUGGAGGAGCACCUGAAGAGGAGUAACCGCGAGAUCGCUCUGCCCAUCGAGGCCUGCGUUAUGAUGCUGCUGGAAACCGGCAUGAAGGAGGAGGGUCUCUUCAGAAUAGCAGCCGGAGCGUCAAAACUGAAGAAGCUCAAAGCAGCGCUGGACUGCUCCACCUCUCAGCUUGAAGAGUUCUACUCUGAUCCCCAUGCCGUCGCUGGAGCCCUGAAGUCCUACCUCAGGGAACUUCCUGAACCUCUAAUGACUUUUGGCCUGUACAACGAGUGGACACAGGCCUCCAAUGUGUCUGACCCUGACAAGAGGCUUCAGGCCUUGUGGGUGACAUGUGACCAUUUGCCAAAGACCCAUAAGGCAAACCUCAGGUAUCUGGUGAAGUUUCUGGCUAAACUGGCUCAGGACAGCGAGGUUAAUAAGAUGACUCCCAGCAACAUCGCCAUAGUCCUUGGGCCCAACUUGCUGUGGGCAAAGACUGAGGGGUCGCUGGCAGAGAUGGCAGCAGCUACAUCUGUCCACGUGGUCGCCAUCAUUGAGCCCAUUAUCCAGCAUGCUGAUUGGUUCUUCCCUGAAGAGGUGGACUUCAAUGUUUCAGGCAUGUUUGCAUUGCCCACCCACCCAGCCACGGCAGACCCCGAACCCGGCCUGGAUAGGAAACGCCCCGGCAGCCUGGUGGGGCAGGACGGGGACAGUCACACCCCCCGUAAAGACAGCACUGUUAACAAACAUCCGGAGCCCGCUCCACGUAGAACCAGCACUGUAAAUAGAAAGCAGCCACAGCUAACCUCACCCACCUUCCAACCCCCACUGCCUCCUCUGGAAGCCUGGGGUCCCACCCAGCCUGAGCCCCAGCCCCAGGUUCCGUCCCCGGCUACAGAGGCUGAGCAGCCUGGCCUGAGUGGUGCUGUUAGUGGUGGUGGUGGUGGUGGUGUUGUUGGUGGUCUGGGUGGUGGGGUCCAGGUAGCCACAAUGCAACCUCAGAUUGUAACCCAGCUCAGCGCAGAGGAUAGCAGCCCAGCCCGUGAGUCCACCCCCCCUCCCCAGAGGAAUGGUUCACUCCAUCUUACAGCAGGAACCCCCCACAUUCAGGGUGGAUCCAGGGGGCCUAGUCCACACAUGGUUCGCAGAGGCACCAAGAAGCAGGCCCCAGCCCCACCCAAACAGGCCAGCCCCCUUGCCUCCCAUCCCAGUAACACCCAGACAGCCGGCACACCUCAUUACCCACCCGUCACCCCCAGACGCCACCCCAGCAAAGACAGCCCAAUCCACGCCCCGAGCCACCCGCCCCCGCAGCCUCCUCCAGCCCAACAUGCCCAGGGCGAGUCGGAGCCCUCCCCCCCCAGAACUCCCACCCCUCCUGGCACUCCGCCUCACGAUGGACUGCACUCCCACCCACUGUCAUUCUACCACUCUGGGUCUCUUCCUCGCCCCUCCAGGCCAGCUCCCAGGCCACGGGCCCGACCCAACAUGCCGCCGCCCCCACAACCUACAGCAAAUGACAAUGAUAAUGACCUCUGCAGCUCCGCCUCCAAGAUCAUAACAGAUGGAGGCCUGGUCCUGAAGGGGAUUGGACGAGCUUUCAUCCCUGAGGUGAUUGUGGACCAAAAAGGGGAGAGCUCUGCUGGUCAAGAGCCCGCUGCCGCCGCCACCACCAUCCUAGCCCCACCCCUCGACCCUCAGAUCCAUACAGAGAGCACCGCUCUGUGAAAAAAGAGAGGGCUCAUCUCCUUCAAUCAGCUGGUCCACCUUACAGAUUCAAAUUUUUAGAAUCAAAUAUCAGACAGGUAACUCAAGCAGUUUACUCCACCUCUUCACGCUCUACUCACAUGAUGCCAGACUGCUUUCUGGGGGAAAAAUGGCUGCCUUUUAUUCUGUUGCUGAGACUCGAACCAAAAACCUCACUUUACAGUGGUGGUAUAAACCACAACACCCCUGUCCAGCUUUUAGACUUCAUAUCAAACUCCCUUUGUUCUCUAUACUGCUGUGUAUUUUAAGACUGGACUGCAGAGCCUUGCUAGAGUCGAGGCUAACAGGACUCAAGUAUAUAACCUGAACAAAUAGCAGCAGAACUCAAAGAGUGAUAAACUUUUACAUGUCUCCUGCUUCUUUUUCAAAAUGUUGCUGUCUGCUAUAGGUUCAAUGCUAUGGGUGUUUUUUUUCGGAGACAGGAAUCUGUGAAUCUGGUUUUAGCAUCAGGUUUUAACGCACAGUUGUUUUUUACUCGGCAGCACAGUUGUGUGGAGAUAUUUCAGUGUUAGCGAGCCACUGAUGAUCUAUUCAUCAUUAAACAGAAUCACAUUCUGGCAUUAUCUUAACUGGCUAAAUGUGAUCUUCUGCUUAGGAGGGCAAUAACUGUCACACACUUCAGCAGCACACUGUACACACUAGUGUAAAGGACCAAAACCAAUGGAUAUGGGCUAAAGGAAAUUUUAUAAAAAUUUAGAGCUGCUCGACUUCAUUAUGGUUGCAAAUGACCAAAUAUUUUCUCUAGAGUGCAAUAUAAAAUGCAGUUGUCUUCCAGCAGUGUCCUCUCCACAGCACAUAUGCUGUACUUUUUGGUAUUUCAGGCAGUUUUCCUUCUAGUAAUCCAGUGGGGUAGAUUUUUUUGUUUUGUUUUCCAUCUGAGUUUUGUUUGAUUUCACUUGACCUGAUUUACCAAAGAUUGCCUUUCAUCAUUAAAAGGGAUUUUUAACAAAUUGUGAUAAAUGUAUUUUCAAUACAUAGCUUGUGACUGAUCACUCCCACUCAAGCUCAAAGCUAUGAGCCAAAUACAGCCAAAAAAAUUACAUUCUUUGUGUAUAAUUUUUACUCCAGCUGACAAUCUUUACCUUGUUUUUCAGCUCUUUGAUUAUGUUUUUUAUUUCUUCUCAGCAUUUUUAUGUUGGCUUUUCUGCACAUAAUGCAUCAUACAAUGCAUCAUUACUCUUAAUUAAAGAUUUUUCAACAUUUUA